AUGAAGUUUUCAUUCCAGCACAGAGCGUUUUAUUGCUACUUAUGUAUGACCGUAUGGAUUUUUAUACUGAUAUCAGUGGUAUAUAAGUACAUAUCAAUAGGAGAAGAAACUGGAGCCCUAAAAGUAACACAAAAUGAGUACAUAUCAAAAAGUGAUGCUAAAUUUAAAAGAAUAUACCUCAAAUCCUGCAAUCCAUCAGAUUCCAUUGUAAGAGGAUCAGAAGCUCUCGUCGACAGUGAUACCUGGGUAUUGCAAGGCAUACUAGUAGUGACAAGACAUGGUGACCGGGGGCCCCUUACUCACCUUAAGGGUGGUGAUAAACUUCCAUGUGACACAGAACCAGUUUCAGCUCUACUCAAAAGUUACGAGGAGUUCGUUGUGAAUGCGAGUGCUUCGGGUCGCGCGUGGUGGGUGUCAGGGCCCGGUCCCUUCCACAACUUCCCCUCCCUGCCGCCACGCGCCGCAGCCACCAGAUGCGCGCUCGGACAGCUCACCCCCAGUGGCUUGCUUCAAAUGCUUACCGUUGGUAAUGUUUUAAGAGAAGCUUAUAGUGCUAAAUUGGGUCAAGAAAAUAUGGAUUUAACAGGCAAAAAGGAUACAGGCCUGGCGUAUAGCACGCGGUACCGGCGCACGUUCCAGUCUCUGCAGGCGCUGGCGUGGGGUGGCGCGCGGGCGGCGGCGCGUGCACGCGAGGCGCACAGCGUCGCCUUCUGCUUCCGCGACUGCGCAUGCCCCGCGGUGCACGCGCUACACAGGAAAAUCAAUUCUCAGUUAAAAAAUCGACUGGAAUCUCAUCCAGCUAUCAAAGAUCUGAUAGUAAAGUUAUCUAGAGUAUUGUUCGAAUCUCAGGAACAUAUUGACGCAGAUGUUGUGAGAGACGCAUUGUUAGCUUAUAUUUGUCAUGAGGCACCACUUCCAUGCAUUGAGAAAUCAAAUAAAACACCCAAUAAAGACAAAAUAUCACUGCACAGAAGACAAAAAAAGUACCAUGGAAAUAGUAUGGCUUUGAGAAAUCUUCUUGACGUAGAUAUUGACACACUAAACCUGGAAUUAGACUAUAUAAAUAAUCAGCUAGACCUUAAUAAUGAAAUUGGAAGAAAAGCUAGAGAUAUAAUUGGGAAAUACUACGAUAGUAGAGAUAAGAAAGUACCAUUAGACUUCGACGCGCAGAUGGAAAGAGAGAAACUACUUUAUUACCAACAAAGGUAUCUAGAUAAUGCCGAUGGUUAUGAAGACGUAGUUAUUGUUAAGAAAAAUCUGGAUGCAGAUUUUAAUUUUCCCAAUGAUGCCAGAAUAGAUACAGACUUCGACGAGGACUACCAGGAACCGACGCCAGAGAAUACGGAAGACUUCUGCAUCCAGAAAGAACAUGUUAUGUCCUUAUUCGCGUAUUUGGAGUGGAGCUAUAAGCAAGAGAUGAAGAAUUUGCAUAACAGGAGAAGAGGCCUUCUUGUGGCGUACGGUCUCAUACACAACAUAGUACAAAAUAUGAUACGGAUGAUAUCGGAAAAUAAACCGAAAUAUGUUCUGUAUUCGGGACACGACAAAACCCUUCAAGCGUUAAUUCUCGCGUUAGGUUUGAAUAGUUAUCAACAUUACAAUAUUCCGUAUGCUUCUAGAAUGAUCUUUGAGAUGUAUAGAAGGAAGGAUUUGCGUGAUGAAUUCAAAUUCACCAAAAGAAAAGCAGUAGCACAGGAUUUUUAUUUUCGUGUCGUAUAUAAUGGGCAGGAUGUGACAAAAAAAUUAAGUUUUUGUAGAAGUAAGCAGAAUGUUGUUAUGAAAGUUGUCGACCCCAUAGAUGAUAUGAAAAUAUAUACCACGUACCUUUGCCCCAUUGAAAAUAUCGUUAGGUUCAUUCACGAUGAUUAUUUCGCAAGUUUUAACGUUAGUAAUUUUAAAGACGCGUGUUCGAUAUAUGGCAGUAUUAAACAUGAGUUCUAA